CCAACACAUCUACUCCUCCCAUUUCCAUCGGAAUUGAGGAAAAUGCCCUAGCACAUCUCUCUUUCCUCUCUGGCGAAAACGGCGGCGUCUCCUCCCUCCUCACCGCCUCCUUUCCACCACAAGUUCAUCCCCUAAUUCUCUUCAACCCAAUUCCUCAAAGUCAAAUUCCUAAUUGGAAAAAAAGGGAGAAAACAGCACCUCCAACUUUUUCACGCCUCACUCUCGCUCGACAGCUCCGUCGUCUUCCCCGGUGAGCGCCGAAUUUCCGACGGUAUCCUCCGUCCAUUGGCUCGCCGUUGCCUCGCAGUCAGCGCCGACCAUUUCAAGUUCUAUUUCUCGAGGCUGACGUUUGUUUUUCUUGUAAGGAUGGUGGAGACACUUUUUGAAGAUAUAUUCCGAAUUGAUGCAAUUGAUCCAGACGGAAAAAAGUUUGAUCGGGUCUCUCGUAUUUCCGCUAGGAGUGAGCAGUUUGACAUGCUGAUGCACCUUGAUAUCAACACUGAGAUUUAUCCUAUGCGUGCUGGGGAGAAGUUCAUGAUGGUAUUAGCAUCCACUCUGAACUUGGACGGAACGCCCGACUCUGGCUAUUACACUCCGGGUAACAAGAAGUCGCUUGCAGAUAAGUUCGACUAUGUCAUGCAAGGUAAACUGUACAGAAUCUCUGAGGAAUCUAGCGAGAAGCAAGUCAAAGCGGAUAUAUAUGUCUCGUUCGGUGGACUUCUGAUGAUGCUGAAGGGGGAUCCUUCCAUUGCCGCUAGAUUUGAGCUUGACCAGAGGUUGUUUAUUCUAAUUAGGAAGGUUUAAGUUAGAGAUGCUACUGGGCAAAUAAAUUUCAAAGGGAAAGCUUGUUUAAUAUAUGUUCCUAGCUAACUUAUUCUCUGCAUUUGAAUUGAUGAUAAUAGAUUGACAUAAUUGUCGACUACUAAGUGAGCAUUUUCAACCAUUUUCUAAGCAUGUCUUGUGCAACAGAUUCCCUUUGAAGGUUUAACAUUGAUGUUUGUUUCAUAUA